CUUUAACGAAAUGUUAUUUAAUUAUAUUAAAAACAAUUGUUUUUUGUCGAUCAUAUGACUCUAUAUAGUAUGAAAAUUCGGAAUUCCACUGUAAUUGUUAAUUGUUGACCCUUGCAUGUCAGAUAAGAACGUGCGAUUUUGUUACCUUUAGAUAUAAUUUUUAUUAUAUAACCUAUACUACCUACUAUAUUAGUAUUAGUAUCUGCUGUGACACUAUAAUGUUUAGACUAACUCUAUUUUUUUUUUAUCGUUUAUGAAAAGGCUUACGAUUGCUGGUCUCAUUGCUGAAGUCGUCAGUGUGACUGUUUCAAAAUAAAUGUCUAGUCACAAAAUGGAACGAGCAUUUUCAACAUUUGUGGUUGUCUCGAUGACGGUCAUUAUUGUGAUGGCGUCGGGCGAUCGACUACAAUGUAAAGACCCGAAUGGACAAUCGGUCGACUGGUUUACCGCUAUCAAGCUGCCAAAACUCAAGUCAAGCUUGUCAAAUGGGACCAUUUACAUCUAUAUGGACGCCAAGAACCCGGAAUGGACCUACUCUACAGGGAUCGUAACCAAAGAAAAGUCAGCUAUCGGACACACUGUGUCGCAGAUGUAUACGACCAACCAAGCCUAUAACGAGUCGAUAAUGUGGAUUGUGUACAACGAUGAGCCGACAAACGGUCCCGCGACGUUCACAAAGGGUCACAGCAAAGGUACGGUGGUGGCCGACAAAAGUUCGGGCUUUUGGUUAGUGCACAGCGUGCCCAAAUUUCCGCAGUUGCCUUACCAGAAUAACAACUCUUAUACGUAUCCCAAGACUGGUAUUAAAUACGGCCAAAGUUUUCUGUGCAUGUCCAUGACGGCUGAGGAAUUGGACAAGGUAGGCAAUCAGUUAAUUAACAACGAAGUGAUGGUUUACGGCAGUCACUUCGGAGGCGAUCUGAAAUCGACGUACCCGGACUUGUACAAUGCCACUCUGCCACACAAAAUUGUGAAAAAUGGCGGAGUAAGGUUACAACCUCUUCGCUCUAUUGAGGGCUUUGAGUUUUUAUCCAUUUCUAAGAACAGACAUUUUGGAAAAGAUUUAUACGAUGGUUAUAUCACUCAGAUGGCACAGUCAAAUGUGUACACAGAGACAUGGUUGAAUUCGCGUGAUAGGUUGAAUUCAUCGUGUUCCGGCCACUACAAGACUAUGAACAUUAAGUCGUUGAUCACGAAGGACAUAAAAGGGUUGGAAAACGUAUCGUAUAAGUCGGCUUUGGACCAUUCCAAAUGGGUUGUGACCGGAAAAAGUUCUGUACCUUGGACUUGCAUUGGUGACAUCAACCGAGCUAAAGAACAGAUGAAACGUGGAGGUGGAACAGUAUGCAUAAAAUCAAUGCCUAUAUGGAAUCAGUAUAAACAACUGGUAUCAAGUAUUGAAAAGUGUAAAGCUUAAUGCUAAAUAAUUAUGUGACUCUUGCCAAAGUAUUACGACUGUUAUUGAAAAUGUCAACGUUUAAUUUCUUAAGUAUACUAUUUCAAUUUUUUUUUCGCUGAAUAUGAACAAUGGUCAAUGAUUAUGAUUUUUAAAUCAUUUUUAAAAAUUAAGUUUCAUAAAAUAUUAUGUAUAGGUACAUAUAGGUUAGGUAUGGUGUAUAAGUAAACAAAUAAUAUGUAUAUUGUGUUCAUUUCAAAAAUAUACUUAAUAAUUUUUUAUUUACAUUUAAGAAAUGUUUAAUUUAAAAAACAAUUUAUUCAAAAUUAUGAGCUAAUGUUUUUUGUAAUAAAUUGAUCAAAUAUAAUAUUGUGAUUUAUUAA